AUGGGCUUUGGAUCAUUUAUCAAAAACCAAUUCUAUUCAACAGACUUGAUCUCCGCCCAAGAACCAGUCGGGGCCAACCAGCCUCCAACUCGACGCCAAAUCUACGUCAAUAGACUUAACAAGGGUGUCAAUCUGGGUGGCAUGUUUGUACUUGAAAAGUGGAUUGCUCCUCACAUGUUUCCAGAAGGCGAAGAUAAUGGCAAAACUGCAGAGUUCGAUGCCAUUCAAGCAGCCCUCAAAAAGUUUUCCGGAGAUGCUAACAAGGUCCGCGAAAUGUGGGAGACCCACUGGUCCACGUGGAUUUCUGACGACGAUUGGGCAUGGCUAGCCAGCGUUGGCGUUACUUCUGUCCGUUUGCCCAUCGGGUACUGGAACGUUGACGCAUGCUCAUUCAUCGGGUCCACUGACUUUGACGGACUCGACCAAAUUUACCACAAUUCCUGGGACUUUAUCCAAAAGUAUGUUUUGGAAAAGGCUAUUGCUCAUAAUAUCGGUGUUCUUAUCGAUGUCCAUGCGGUACCGGGGGGUGCAAAUUCGGCUGAUCAUUCAGGUAUCAGUACGGCCCAGGGUGCUCUCUGGGAGUCAAACAAGUGCCAGGUUAAGACUUUGCGUGUGCUGCAAUACCUGGCUGAAGCUGUUAAGGCUUAUGAAAAUGUCGUGGGCAUCCAGGUCCUCAACGAAGCGCCAUUUGCCGAUGACUGGGAGACCCAGCGCAGCUUUUACCUCAAAGCAUUACAUGUCGUUCGCGAAAUUAAUACAGAGAUUCCAGUCAUUAUUUCCGAUGGCUGGGAUUUGCCCUCGUGGAUCGACUGGGUAAAGAAAUGUGACUCAGAUGCUGGAACGCCUGUAGGUCUUAUUCUUGACGAGCACGUUUACCGCACCUUUUCAGACAAGGACCGCAACACUGCUCCACGCCAAUUAAUUGACGAAAUUGAAAAGGCACUACCCAAUUCAUGUGCACAAGACGUUGAUGUCCAGGUCGGCGAGUUUUCCUGCGUCAUGGACGGCCAUUCUUGGGAACUCAACAAUAGCGGCACUUCGCGAGAAGACCUAGUACACGAGUUUGGCAAUCGCCAAUGUGCACUCUUCAACCAAAAGGCUGCGGCUUAUUACUUCUGGACAUACAAAUUCCGCUAUGGUUCUGGCGGUGAGUGGGGGUUCCGCGAAAUGCAAGAAAAGGGGUGCUUGUCCACCGGAUUUGCCUCUAACAAAUUCCCCAGCGACCGGGCCCCGGACGACAACUACUACGCAGAACAGUACCAUCAUGCGGCCCAACAGGCUAUUGGUAAUCACACAAACUACUGGAACUCCCAGGACGGCAACCGUGACUGGCAGCACUGGCGUUUCGAGGACGGUUUCCGUGUGGGCUGGCUCGAUGCCCAGGAAUUUGACAAGUUCAACCACUCAGAAAUCGGCCGUCGCGCCGCUUGGAAGGCCGCCCGCACCGACCAGCACGCAGCAGAAAAGGGAGGUAGUGAUUUGCUCUGGGUCUUUGGUCAAGCAUUUGACCAGGGCGUGGCUUCAUUCCUCGAGGCCCGCAACAGAGCCUUUAAUUGA